AUGGAAGAAUACAAAGUGUUGAAAGCACUAGGAGAGGGAUCCUUUGGCAGAGUUCUCCUACUUCAUCACAGAAUCAGUGAUCAGAAGUACGCGAUGAAGGAAAUAAGACUUCCCAUGUCUUCAUCUGGUGUAGAGAACUCUAGGAAGGAAGCAGUUCUUUUGGCUAAAAUGAAACAUCCAAAUAUCAUUGCCUAUAAAGAAUCGUUUGAAGCUGAUGGACAUCUGUAUACAGUGACGGAAUAUUGUGACGAUGGAGAUCUAAUGCAAAAGAUUAAACACUAAAGAGGAAAUUUGUUCCCUGAAGAUAUGAUCCUUCAGUGGUUCGUGCAGAUGUGCCUGGCUGUGAAGCACAUUCAUGAUAAACGUGUGCUGCACAGGGAUAUAAAAUCCAAGAACAUCUUCCUCACUCAAAAUGGGAAAGUGAAAUUGGGAGACUUUGGAUCUGCACGCCUUCUUGCACACCCGAUGUCAUAUGCUUGCACAUAUGUGGGAACUCCUUAUUACGUACCUCCAGAAAUAUGGGAAAGCAUGCCAUACAACAACAAAAGUGAUACAUGGUCUCUGGGGUGUAUUCUGUAUGAGCUGUGCACUCUAAAACAUCCGUUUCAAGCCAAUUGCUGGAAACAUCUCAUCCUUAAGAUAUGCAAAGGGUCCUACAGUCCACUACCAUCUCACUACUCCUAUGAACUUCAUUACUUAAUAAAACAGAUGUUUAAGAGAAAUCCUCAGGAUCGUCCAUCAGCCAGUACUAUUCUUUCAAGAGGUUGCUUAACCAAACUUAUAAAAAAUUGUUUGCCUUCUGAGAUGAUAAAAGAGUUUGAGCUGGUAUUAAAGGAAACGAAGAAACAUGAAGGCAGUGCAGCAGGACAAAAGGGUAGUGUCAUGGCUAGUGGAAGCUCCAAUAAUAGGAAAGAAAAUAGGGAAAGUAUUCAAAUAUAAAUACGGAAAGAUGAAAGUAGCAAUCGUAGCCUCUUAGAAAGGAAAAAUAUUCCUGAGGGUUUGAAUGAAGGCACAAAGGAACAAAGGAAGUCUGAGCAAGAGGGAAGUACUGAUUUGUCACAUGCCCACAGGAGGCAAUGGGAAAAGAGGAUAUCUAAUACUGUACUGGAUGUCCUGGAAAAUGCGUCCUUGCUUUCUUCCAGUUUUACACCUGAAGAGACUGAAAGUGGUGGUGUUAUAAACUACAGUGAAAAUAAGCCACGUAAGCAGUGGAAGAAGGAAACUCCUCGGACCCUGAUGAACAUUCUCAGUAAUGCAGAAGUCAGCCUAGCAUUUAAAAUAUACACAAUUUAUAAGAGAGCUCAUUAUGAUGGACCUUCACUUGCAGCUCAACAGCUGAAUGAAGUUGUGACCAAAAUGCAGAUGCUGUAGAGCCAAGUGCCCUCCAUCCUGCUCGGUGGCCUGGUUGUAUGUGUUUGGGGG